CGCCACCUUGACCGGCGCGAAGUAAAUAAGGCGGCGAAGGUGGUCGAGAACUCUUUUUAAGGCGGUGGGAGGGAGACUCGUGGCGGCGGCGGCCCAGUUGAGAGAAACGCGGGAGACCAUUCCCACUCCAUGGGGUGCGGGAAGAGGAGGCCGCGACGGCCGGGCCCGGGUUAAGGCCGCCGCUUGGGAAGGAAGGGGGAGCGUUGCCAUGGCGACUAGGGAAAAGGGCGGCGGCGGCGGCGGCGCUCGAGGCCUUUCUUCGGGUCGUCGCCGCCGCCGCUGUCGCCGAGACGACCCCGGCAGCAUGAAGCCGGCGGCGGCAGAAGCAGAGCGAACGGGAGACCCCGAAGGCGGAAGCAAACGGCGGGAUCUUCCCGGCCCGGAUUGGGCUUCCCUGCUGCCGGAGGUGCUGCUCCGCGUCUUCCAGCACCUGCCGUUGCUGGACCGAGCGCGGGCCUCGCAGGUCUGCCGCGGCUGGCAGCGGGCUUUCCACCUGCCGGAGCUGUGGCGCCGCUUCGAGUUCGAGCUGGGCCAGCCCGGCGCCAGAGCCACCCACCCGGAGCUCAUCAAGCAGAUCCUCAAGCGGCACGCCGGCCACCUGCAGUACGUCAGCUUCAAGGUGGAUAGCAGCAAGGAAUCGGCUGAGGCUGCUUGUGAUAUCUUAUCCCAGCUUGUGAAUUGUUCUUUAAAGACCCUCGGAUUGAUUUCCACUGCUCGACCGAGUUUCAUGGAUUUACCAAAGUCACACUUUGUUUCAGCCCUAACUGUGGUGUUUGUAAACUCCAAAUCCCUUUCUUCACUCAAGAUAGACGAUACGCCAGUAGAUGAUCCAUCUCUCAAGGUGUUAGUGGCUAACAACAGUGAUACCCUAAAACUCUUAAAAAUGAGCAGCUGUCCCCACGUUUCUCCAGCAGGAAUCCUUUGUGUAGCUGACCAGUGCCAUGGCUUACGAGAGCUGGCCUUGAACUACCACUUGUUAAGCGAUGAGCUCCUCCUAGCUCUGUCUUCUGAAAAACAUGUCCGGUUGGAACAUUUGCGCAUUGACGUCAUCAGUGAGAACCCAGGACAGACGCACUUCCACACGCUGGAGAAAAGCAGCUGGGACGCUUUAAUCAGGCAUUCCCCCAAAGUGAAUUUGGUGAUGUACUUUUUCUUGUACGAGGAAGAAUUUGAUCCCUUCUUCCGAUACGAAACUCCGGUCACCCAUCUUUAUUUUGGGAGGUCGGUCAGCAAAGAAGUCCUCGGACGUGUCGGAAUGACGUGUCCACGACUGGUUGAGCUGGUGGUGUGUGCCAACGGAUUGCGGCCCCUGGAUGAAGAGUUGAUCUGCAUUGCUGAGCGUUGUAAGAACCUAUCGGCCAUCGGCCUUGGAGAAUGUGAGGUUUCCUGCAGUGCCUUUGUCGAAUUUGUGAAAAUGUGUGGCGGCCGCUUGUCUCAGCUGUCUAUAAUGGAAGAGGUCUUGAUUCCCGACCAGAAGUACAGCUUGGAGCAGAUUCAUUGGGAAGUAUCCAAGCAUCUUGGGAGAGUUUGGUUUCCAGAUAUGAUGCCCACCUGGUAGAGCUAUUGGAGGCAACGCCUUAGCUUGGGCCAGCCUUGUGGCAGCUUCAUCACAAUAAGCUUCUUCGUGAGCCUAGGAUCUCUGAAGCACUGUAGAAAGUCAGUCUACUCCUUAGUGCUGGUUUCUAAAAUCGGGGUUGAAAAAGUGACCAAGGAGGAAUCAAACAUGAUCACAUGACUUUAUCGUUUGCUUUUUCUUGUCCCAACAAGACGGAUGCUAGCGUAUGUAGACAUUGACAUGUAUUUACAUAUUCAGGGGCUGCAGUUCCAAAUCUUCUGAUAAAUUAACAGUAUUUUAGCCUGGCUCUUGGAAAUAUUCCUGCAACUGACUUUGUAAGGAGCAUAUAUCACUUUAAUGACGUAAUCCGGGAAGCUGUAGACAUUAAUCCAGGUUGUAUAACAAUGAAUUGCUUCAAGUGCAGAUUUAUAAUUCCAGAUCCCAAACCAUAACGGUGGGUCGUUUGGUGUUUCUGUAACAUUAUAAAUAUAGAGCCCUGCGACACGGUAGCUGGGGUAUGUUUGUGUGUGGAAAAUAUAAGUAUUUGCUGCUUUUUAAAC